GGGCGGGCACUGUCUUUUGCCUACUCCAAGGGACAAUGAAUACCUGUGAGCAUCAGUAGGUAUAUUCAUCUCCAUCCAAACCAAAUAAUAUAUGAAGCAACUCGUAGCCCAACAUGAUAACUACAAUAGCAGUGGUUGGCACGUUCGAUACCAAACUCGAGGAGCUUCUCUACCUCCGAACGCAAAUUCUAAAACUUGACCCCAAAAUAGAUGUCGUGUUAAUUGACACCGGUCGGUUGGCGGCAGAGCAUGAAGCUAUACUCAUUCGCCGAGAUGAAUUCCUUCGACAUGGCCGGUUCCAAGGGGAUCAAAACGACUUGCAGUCUCUUACACGAGCAGAGCACAUCAAGACGAUAGCAAGAGUAGCCGCAGCUUUUGUGGGAAAACUUCACAAAGAUCGCGAGAUUCACGGUAUUAUCUCCCUCGGCGGGAGUAACGGGACCAGCAUUUCUGCUGCGGUCAUGCGAGAACUGCCCAUCACCCUCCCAAAAUUAAUCGUGUCUACCGUGGCUUCCAGCGACACGAGUUCCUACGUCGCAGAGACGGAUAUCACGAUGAUGCACAGCAUAGUUGACAUCGCGGGCUUGAAUGAGAUUCUCAGAGCAGUGAUAGACAACGCUGCUGCGGCAGUCGUGGGAAUGGCCAAGGCAUAUGCCAAAAGAACUAUGCAGCCAACUCCCAGGGAUAGAAAGCGAGCUGCGGGCCUCACGAUGUUUGGUGUCACUACAAAGGGGGCCGAUGCUAUACGCAAACUGCUUGAGGAGAACCAUUAUGAAGUAUACGUGUUCCAUGCUACAGGCGCUGGCGGCCGCGCCAUGGAGCGAUUCGUUAAAGACGGCCGCCUGGACAUCGUCAUGGACCUGACUACCACGGAGCUUGCUGAUGAAUUGGUCGGCGGCGUUUUCAGUGCCGGCGAGAGCAGACUCACCGCCGCUUCUAAAGCCGGCAUACCGCAAAUAAUCAGCCUCGGCGCCCUGGACAUGGUAAAUUUUGGCCCCCGGAAUACAGUGCCCAAGGAACUCGCGCGCAGAAAGCUGCUCGAGCAUUCCUCGUCAGUGACACUGAUGAGAACUACGGCCUCGGAAUGCGAACAACUGGGAAAGAUCAUAGCUCAGAGGCUCAAGGAUAACUGCAUUAGGCCAGAUCGGACUAAGGUAUGGGUGCCUCUGGAGGGCAUCAGUGCAAUUUCUAUGCCGGGACAGGAUUUCUACGACGAAGCAGCGGAUAAAGCCCUCUUCGAUGCUAUUUAUAAGGGUCUUGAAGGGAGCGGGAUAGAUGUUGAGUGUCUUUCCACUGAUAUCAACUCUCCAAUGUUCGCCCACAGGUUUUGCCAUUCUUUAGAAGAUAUUGCUGACAAUGAGGUCGGUGAAGGACUAGAGUAGGACCUAGAGUUUGUACAAGCUUUGACUGCCGGCGUGGAUGUUUUCGGACGAAAAUGAAGAACAAAAAUCGUUUGUUAGGUACCUACCUA